GUGAGAAAGUGCAAAGGGGGCGAAAGAGAGGAUAAUAUGAGGAGAGUAAGCGAACGGGCGUGCGUGAAGGUGAAAUAGACGCGAGAUUGAGAUUGAGUUUGAUAGAUAGAGAGAGAGAGAGAGAGAGAGAGAGAGUGAUAGGGUGGGUGGUAGAAAGUGUGAAAGAGAAAGAGAGAGAGAGAGAUAGUGUGCGAACAUGUGUCCGUGCCGAGUAUCCUGUCCUGAAAAGUGACAACGGGGAAGGUGCGUCGAUAAAGGAUCGACGAAUUUUCUUCUUAUUCUUAUUCUUCUUUAAUUAUAUCACACUAUCAACAAUUAAAUAAAUUAAUCAUCGAAAAAGGGUUGAUACGUUAUCUAUAUAUCUACUACUAAUAUCACCACAUUGGCUUAUAUCAACCACCGAUGCAGACCUUACGGAAGAAAAACAGCCCGUGCAAGUUUAAGAACGAGCCAACACGGUUCCUCGGGGAUGGUGUUUCGUUCAAAGCGAAGCUGAUUGGUAUAUUGGAAGUGUCCGAAGCACGUGGUGAUCGUAUGUGUCAAGCUGCAUUGGCAGAUUUAAAAAUGGCGAUUCGUGCUGCAGGUGAACAUAAGCAAAGGAUUGUUGUUCAGGUCAGCAUCGAUGGGCUUCGUUUGAGGGAUGAAAAAUCUAGCGAAUGUUUGUAUCAUCAUCCAGUCCACAAGAUAUCAUUCAUCGCUCAAGAUAUGAGCGAUUCUCGAGCAUUCGGUUAUAUAUUUGGAUCACCUGACACCGGUCACAGAUUUUUUGGCAUCAAGACGGAUAAAUCAGCUAGUCAGGUGGUUGUUGCCAUGAGAGAUCUUUUUCAAGUUGUAUUCGAACUGAAGAAAAAGGAAAUCGAAUUAGCCAAACAACAGAUCGAACAGAAUGCUAUCAAUGCCAUCAAGUUUCAUCCAACUGGUAUGUUCGUUGAACCAGCACCGGAUACCAAAGGUGCAGCAGGAACAGAAUCAUCGUCACUUCAUCGAACACGAAUUACUAAUUCCGAGACGGAGAAAAGUAACGAGAGGAAAGCUGAAAAUCAAAGUGGCGACAUUGCUGAUUUGUUGGAUCUACAAUUCGAAUUGAACUCGCUGCAACAGGGAAUACAUCAGAUGGAUAAAAUAACCCCGGAACAACCAGGACCAACAGCUGAUGAUCUAUUCGAAAGUGACCCAUUUGGUGAUUCUUUUGCUAACAUGAAAUUAAAGGAUACCGUACAACCAAUUUUACCACCCCCACCAUCAUCGUCAAAAAGAGGUCAUUUGGAAAGACAACAAACCGUUCCAGCCCCAACAACAUCUGCAACAUCUAGCCCUGCCACAACUUUGUACAGCAAAACACCACCUCCUCAAGAUACGAUUCAUUGGUUCGACAAAGAAACGGAAAACCUUUUCAACGAUGGUGAAUUAACUAGCUUGACGAAAAGUACUACACCAGGGAAAAAAGAACAAGAAGAAACAUCGUUGAACACAACACCGAGAAGUAGCCAAGCGAAAAGUCCCCAGAUAGAUGUUUUCACGGAACUGGAUCCCCUAGGUACUGGUCUGAUAAAGCCAUACGUCGAUAAGAAAGACUUCUUCCAACAUCUGAAAAAUCCUCCAAAAAAGGAAGGUGAUCGCCACGAAGAGGGCAAUUUCGCGAAUUUCGAUCGGUUUGAUGAGAACGAGGCAAUGCAGUCGUCCAUACUACCGAAGGCUGACUCCCCCCAAAAGAAAGAUAUUCUAUCAAGGCCGACAACUCAUCAUCAACAACCAUUGUCAGUGUCCUUACCGCCCGAAGAUACGCCUAAUAAGAGUACGUUUUCUGGGGGGAUUGUAGUAUCUUCCGUAAAUCCAACUAACGUUGGUGGAGUCUCAACAAGCGUUGUUGUUGCUAGUAAAUUAGACAAAGAUUCUAACGAAUCGAUUCAAACGUUGGUCAAAUUACCGAGCCCAAAGAAAUAUUUACAAUCGGUUAGAAAAAGAGAAUUUGAUAUAGAAUUAAGUGGUAAUAAAUCACAAUCCAUUGAAAAAUCAUCAUUCCCAGUCGAUUUUUCGACUACCACCAGCGAAUCACCAGCAUCACCAUUGAGAUCAUGUUCCUCAGACGCAAAUUCUAGAUUAUCCAGUUCUAGUGCUGAAUUAGACCUCGUUCCUGAACCCCCACCAAGAGGUGUUGGUAGUAUCAUGAUUAAUCCACCACCCUUGCCACCAAAGAAACAAACUGCUAGAGGUGCUAUCAAACCCCCACCUAGACCACCCUAUACCACUACCGAUGGUCAUUUUCAUUAUGAUUUCAUUGUCGAACGCGAGGAAUCAUCUCCUUCACCUACCAGAAUCAAAGAAAGGAAGAAAAGUCCUUCGAGAGAUAACAAAAGUCAAUUUGAUGAUAAUUUUAGUCCACCACCAUCGCAAAUAUCUAAUACGAGAACUGAUUUGAUUUCUACCAUGACGACAUCUGCUUUUGAAGAUUCCUUUAGUUCGAUGAUACCCACCACGAAUUUGUCAACGUUCUUUACUUCAACCGGUACACCCGCCGUCACAACGAAAAAACCUAAACCUUCGUUGGACAUAACACUAAGUCAAUUAACUUCCGCGAAUUUAGUUGAAUUAGCGAGUAGCCUUGGUAUGACAGUACAAGAAUUAACAAGUUUAACGUUACAACAACUUACCGAAUGUUUGGCUAAUCUUUCGAGCAAGGAAUCAUCAACGAUAGAAACCAAAGAGGAAAAACCGGUUCAACCGAAAACGGAACCAUUACCGUUGAACAAACAAUCGAGUACCUGUAAAAUUGCUGAAACCAGUUUUGUCAGUGGGGAGCCACUUUUCAAAGCUAACUUCGAUCAGGAACCGAUGAAGAAGGAACAGGAACCGACAUACGACAAGUAUGCAGUUUUUCGUGAAUUACUUGAAAUGGAACAAAUGUUAGAAGAAUCAAAAGAGGAAAGAAACGAUGAGGAAAUUAUUAUGACGGAUACGGAACCUAAAGAACCAUGCGAGGAACCUAAAGAAUCCGAUGAUAAAAAUCAAAAUGAAAUCUUAGCUGAAGCAAUCGUAGCUAUGGUCAAUUUGACAGUUAAAUUACCACCGAGUAACGAUGAAUUGAUUAAAGAAGAAACUGGGGAUGAAGAAAUCGAGGAAACCAACGAAAUUGAAAAUGAUAAACCGAUAGAACCAAUGGAAGAGAUCGAUGAGAUCAAAGAUAAUGGUAUUGAAGUAUCAUCGAUGAACUUACAGUCAAAUAGAAAGAUAGAUUUAGAAGUAGAAUUAGAAACUGAAGCGGAUAUCGAAGUUGAUAUCGAGGAUGAUAUGAUUGAUGAUACGAUUAUGGUAGUAGGUGGUAGUCAAGAUAAAUCUGAAACAUUAUCGGAUAAGGGUAGUGAAGUUAAUGGUAUUUCGGAUAAAGUAAUAGUUGAUAAUGCAGAUGAAACUGGUAGAUCAUCCGUGACUGAUAAAACUGAAGAAAGAUAUUCAACUUCAACUUCCAACGAUAGAUACGCUGCAUUAAGAGAAAUCUUUGUUGAAACGGAAAGAAGGAACAAACAAAUGCAUGCAUCAUCAUUAGCAGAAUCCGAAUUGUUAAGUUUGUUUUCGGAUAAUUUACCAGCAACAACUGUACCCACGAGUCCUAAAAAAUCAGUUAAGAAAAAGGACGACGAUUUGAAAACAGUUGCGAUGGAUAUCUUUGAAGAAAUCAAAAUGUUGAAUACGGGAACAGCGACACAUGUAGCUAAAGAUGUCAAAGUAACUGCUACUACUACUACCAGUGGAUUCGAAGAUGUAUUUUGUCCAUUUACCGAUGAUAAUAAAGACAAUCGUGAAGAUGUUAACAAGGAAGACGGUAAUUGGGCUAAAUUCGAAACGAGUAUGAUCGGUUCGGAUAGGUCAUCUUGCGAAGGUACACGUUCGGUAGGUGGUACGUCACCAUGGUCACCGGAUGGUAAAGAUUUUCAUCGGGAUAUUCCACCUUUCAAACCCGUAUCAUCUACCAGUGCUCACAGACAUUCUGGGGAUAGCGACAAUGAAUGGAAGGAUGAAGAAGAAAGUGAAGAAAGCAAUGGCAGAGGACGAAUUGAUGGAAGAUUUUGGUUCGGCAGACAUCCAAGAUUCGAUGCAGCUGAAUUCGAUGAAAGAUCGUUUUACGAGGAAGCUACGGGACCUGUUGAAAAUAGAUCGGAUAAAAGGGAUCGUAGUUUUCGGGGUAGAGCUGUCAGGAAAUCACGUGGCCCAUGGGCUAAAAAUGUUGGUUAUAGACCAAGAGAACCAUCUCAAUGUUGGCAUGAAAAUACUCAACAGUGGGAGGAAGGACCAAGAAUUUGUUACCAUCGUAAAUUAAUUUGCAAGGAUACUGACGAUCAUUACGAUCCACGUGACCACAUGUCGAGAUUUUGGAAAUGUCGAGCGAAAUCACAACGAUGGAAUUGGAUACAGGAUGAUGCUGCAUCCUUUUACAAUGAGGAACGUGAAAGAAAUACUGAGAGAAAAUUAACAUUAUUCUACAAUGAAGAGGAUAGAUUUGGUAGCGAGGAGAGUGUUGGUUACGAUGACGACGACAGAUGGAGCAGCAGACGUAAGUAUCAAAGAAGACAAUGGGACGAGGAAUUUGGUGGUAGAUUUUGGAGUAGACGUAGUAGUCCACCUGACGGUGAAUACCCAUCCAAAGAAAGUUAUUAUUAUUAUCAUGGGAGUAGGGAGAGACCACACGAUUAUGUUGGGACAUGGGACGAGGAAUAUGGACCUGAUCGAGCUGUUGAAGAAUCAGGUAGAUACAAUACGACAGGUAGGAAAAGACAUUGGCCAAAAAGGCCUAACAGUGCAAACGAAGGACGUAACACGGAAUACGGUGAGAUGGUUUACACUAAAUCUAGAAACAAAUUUGGUACAUCUAGAUCAGAAUGCAGUGACAAUGAUUCGGAUCCUUACUUAAGGCCAUCGCAGAGAUCGAGAAGUCGUGAAAUUUAUUGGGGUAGCGAUCAAGAGUACGACAGUUGGCCGGAAAGACCUUAUUGGUCUGAGGGACCGGAUGGUAAAAGUGAAACGUUACAUCGUAAACGUGUUGUAAGGCAUAAAGGUGGUCGUCAACAAGUACAAGUCAGUAAAACUCAAAGUCCUUUCGAGGAUGAUUUUGCUCAAAGCAUAGAACAAAUCGAAUCACCGGCGGCACCUGUUUCAGGUGAAUCAUUGACACCUACAGAACCACGUGUCGUACAUUUGGAAGUUACAGAAUCUAAAAGGGAAUUAAUCGAUAGACCACCAUUAAGUCCUUCAUCGAUAACAACAGCAACGACUAUGACGGCAACGACGACAACAACAACAACAACAACAACAACACGAUCAUCUAGCAAAGAUGUUACCCCACCUCGUAGAGAAAUUCAACAUGAAUAUAACAAAAGGUCGAGCAUGUUUGAAGAUGAUUUAACACCGUCUGUCCCCAAUGUUUCCUCUCCCAGUGUCGAUGUUUCGUCAGAUAGACGAAGAUUAUCGUCAGAUUUAAAAGCAACACCUGAAGAAAUUUCAACAGAUACCAAAGAUACUCACAGAUCGUUAGAUGGUUUUGUUACCGAGGCUAGUAACAAUACGCGUGAUUCUUUUUUCAACGGUGAUCUUAGGUUCGACGAUGAGGAUGCUUUUACGUUCAAAUCGGAAUUAGAGGACAGCGUACCUGAACGUUGCACCACAACAUUGUCCCUUAAAAAUACCAGACAGAACAAAUAUGUUACAUCUAACAGUAACAACAAAGGUAGACCAUCCGAUCAGUAUAUAAGAAAAUCGGAAUCGGUUAACAUUUUCAUACGUGAGGAAGAUCCCUUCGAUGACGAUGAUUUUUUCAAUUGACUCGCGAUCAGUCGUUUGACAUCAAGAUCGUCUAAAUCGGAUUAUCGAUUUCUCAAAUGAAUGACAAAAUCAGAAAUACAUUGCAAUCAUUUCAUUUCAUUUCAUUUCAUUCAUUCAUUCAUUCAUUUGUUUUUGUUUUUUUUUUUUAGGAACAACGCCACUUGUCGUCGUUUAUGCUCCAGCAUUUAUAUUUAUUAUAUAUACAGGGUGUCUCUUGUAAAUUAAUGAUACGUGGAAUGAUUUUAGUCGUGCAAGUUUAUAUGCCUGUGGUUUUGUCAUAAAAUGUUGAUUUAAUAUUAUUUUAAAUUAUUUAGUAAAUUAUAACAUCACACAAAAUAAUAAUAAU